UCCGAAGUCAUAGUAGCCACACGCUCCUAUUUUUCGGGGACUGAUUGCCACGCGGUCCGGCUUGCUUUGCCGCCUGCGCACACAAUAACAUUUAAACAAUAGAACAUUAUUUUGCUUUUAAAUUUAUUUUGAAGUGUUAGGUUGAGUUCGUCAUUAUGUUGAUUGCAAAUGGGUUAAUUAGAGUGAUUUACCGGAAGUGAUGUUUGCAAACAUGAGAGCCGCGAUAAUACUUGUUUAUGUAUGUCUGGUACUACCGGGACCUUCGUACACUGCGGAUAGUUUAGGACUGCUGGCUGGUACUCUAAAGACGAUACAGCGGGCAGCAUGUUACGACGAAGAUGUGUCAUUGUCUUGUGCUAAAGGGACCUAUAUUAGUAUACAAGUUGCUCAAUAUGGGAAGGCAUCGCCAGGAGGUUAUAAUUGCAAGACUGAACCACAAAACGUAUCUGAUGUUGAGAAGUGUCUGCGGCCCACUGCUAUGCAGUACUCAAUUCUCCAAACUGUGGUGGUAGCUUGCCAGAAGAAACCAAGUUGCAAAUUCAGCACAAAACUAAAGCCAGGCACAGCAGAUCCUUGUCCACAUGCAAGAAACUUCGUGGAAGUCGCUUAUAAGUGCAGACCUCAUGAAUUCCGGAGUCGAACGGCAUGCGAGGACGAUAUAAUAAAGUUAAGUUGCAGCCGCUACUCUCGGCUGGCCAUCUACGAAGCUCACUAUGGAAGAAUGGCGAUUGAGGCUCACUCUAUGACCUGCCCACAAGCCCAGGGCGUGGAUGAUGAAAGUUGCACGGCCCCCUACGCAUUGGAGACCGUGAUGCAGAUAUGUCAUGGAAAAAGGCGAUGCCUUGUGGUGGCAAAUCGCAAAACGUUUGGGUCCCCCUGCAACCCAACUUCGAGGCCGUACCUUAAAAUUGCUUAUGCGUGUGUGCCCUUAGGUGUAUUGAUAGAAAGAUACGAGAGUCCGGCGGAAAAGGAUGAAGUCAUACACACACCGGUCAUGAAUAAAGAUGAGGGGCUAUUUGAUGAUUCAGAUACCGGUGAGCAUUGGGACGGGAAUGUUGCAACACCAAUUGCUGAUUCGGCGUUGCAACCUCCGUCGGAUGACAUUCAUCUCUUGUUAGAAAAGGAAAAGGUAUCGGAAGCCACCGCCGGUUCUGUAAAUAGAACAGGUCGUUCGAAAGCCAACGAAAACCUAUACUUCUAUGUCGGCGUAGCGAUAUCAAUUUUUCUAAUACUUACGCUGUGUCUCGUAAUCGUCCGAUUCUAUAUUAACCGUAAACGAAAACGGAAUGCAAAAAACGGUAAUAUGUUUACAACAGAGGCGCCAAACAUCUUCUGUGAUGCAACAUCUGAUAUAGAUAACGACGUGAGCCACAUUUCUGGAAACUUCUAUGACCCAGGCCAUCCCGAUAUGCUGUAUAGAGAAACUACGAGAACAUUAAGACCCAUGAAACCGCUAUCCACAGUCUAUCCAACCGCUGGAGCAAGUAUGUAUGGCGUAGAUUAUAUACCUCCCCUCGAACCGUUGAGGUUUGAAAGUGACCCAGAGGUAAUGAUGAGCCCCAAAAGUUUAAGUGGAUACACGAACACUGAGUUCCAUUAUGGCUGACGGUAUCUUGGAGGCGGCACCUCCGAGGAUUGUGGAUAAGUUUAACUGUAUAAGAUUAUGAGUUAUGACAGAUUAAUAUAUGGCAUUGGAGGUAAUGCUAGGUACAAUUGCCUUUGAGGCUUUUGGUGCAUAUUUGAGUAAGAACUGGUAUUGGUGUAAUUUUGUUGGAACAUUGAUUUUGGUUUGUGGACUCAGUUUCCGCACUUAUACUCUCAAUAGACCCGUUGUGCGUAGUGGUUUUUAUUGAAACAAUAUAUUAUCGUCUUAAAAACUAAAAAUCUAGAAAAACACUUUUUUAACGGAUUUGAAGUUAUGUCUUAUUAUAAAUUC